AUGCAAUUCCUAGAACUUUUUUGUACACAAUCAGAUACACAUACAUUGUUGGAGGAAUGUGAGGUAGACAAUCCUUUACCUUAUUCUAGUGUUUCAUCUAUUACAACGGAUUCAACUGAAAAUUCCAACUCUGAUGAACCUGAACUGUCCGAAUCUAACUUCCAGUCAUUAUUACCAUGUAAUAUGGAAACAGUAUCUACUGAUUCAAUUAAUGAGGAUUUUACCGGACUGCAUCCUGAUGAUCCUAAACGCUCUUUGCCUACAAAUCGUUUAGAAUUGAAAGAUCGGAUUUUGAGAGGUCCUUUUCAACCUGUGUUGACAAUGUUCCCAAGGAGCAUAAUCAGUGGUGUUCAACGUAGUUUCAAUAAAAAUUGGUAUGAACAAUUUACAUGGCUUGAGUAUAGUCCAAAAAAUAAUUGUGCAUUUUGUUUUCCUUGUCGAAUAUUUAAAAAUUCUCCCGGAAUCAAUGUUGGGCAAUCAGAUACUACAUUUUCACAAAAUGGUUUUAGUAAUUGGAAAAUGAGGGAUUUUUUGGAUUUAGUCAGACUUUUAACAAAAUACGAUCCUAUUUUAAAUGAACAUUUUGAUUCUGGACCCCGUAAUGCAUUAUAUCAUAGCAACCGCAUACAGAAUGAUAUAAUUGCAUCAAUAAACACAGUGUUAAAAAAUAAAUUGAAGUCUGUUAUAAAAAAUCAACAAAUUUCUAUAAUUGCUGAUGAAACCUCCGACAUUGGUCACCACGAGCAACUGUCAAUUGUGGUACGGUAUUAUGACAGUAUUAAAAACUGUCCAGUAGAACAGUUUGUGUGCAUGAAGAGGCUAUUAUCUACUGAUGCACAAAGUAUAUUUAAUACAUUAUAUGAAGUCAUUGAACAGUAUGACAUUCAAUGGAAAUCAGUUUCAUCGGUUUGUUUCGAUGGUGCUGCUGCAAUGUCAGGUAGUUUUAAUGGAGUGCAGGCCAAAUUUAAAGAAAAAAAUGAUAAAACAGUUUCUGUGCAUUGUUACGGACACUGCCUCAAUCUGGUUUUAGUUGAUUCAUUAGGAAGACAAAAUAGAGUAACAUUCGAUUUUUUUGGCUCCAUACAAUUAAUUUACAACUUUAUAGAAAGUAGUUGUACAAGACAUGCAACACUUGAAAAAGUAGCUACUAACUCUGCAAAUAUAAAACUGAAAACAUUAAAAUCUGUAUCAAAUACACGUUGGGCUUGCCGUGCUGAGGCUGUUUCUGCUGUAUAA